ACCGAACGUUCCAUCUGCGCACAUUAGCAACCACAGAAAAUGCCUAUUCUUUUAAACGCGCAUGUUAGCAGUCACAGAAACGUGUUUAAACAUCCAAAAAGCGCAUGUUAGCAUCAUUUUCCAGAAAGUUUCCGCCUUCGUCUUCUUCCCCUGUCCUUCAACACGUCUCUAAUCGCUUUCUCAGAAGAUCCUCCAACAACGACGAGUCGCACGAUGGGAUUGCUCGAUCUGGAAAAGCACUUCGCCUUCUACGGAGCUUACCACAGCAACCCGAUCAACAUCGUAAUACACAUCAUCUUCGUGUGGCCGAUCGUCUUCACCGCCUUGCUCCUCCUCCACUCCGCGACCCCAAUUUUCGACCUUUCUCAAUCGCUGACCCUCGACGGCGUUCUCCGGCUAAACGUCGGGUUUAUAUUAACCGUGGUCUAUGCUCUGUUCUACCUCUGUUUGGAUAAAAGAUCUGGGUUUGUAGCUGCUCUCAUGUGUUUCUCUUGCUGGGUCGGUUCAAGUUUGCUCGCUGAUCGGUUAGGACCUUCUCUGGCCUUCAAGGUUGGGAUAGCGUCUCAGCUGUUAUGUUGGACCGGGCAGUUUCUUGGCCAUGGAGUGUUCGAGAAACGAGCACCUGCGCUAUUAGACAAUCUACUCCAAGCUUUUCUCAUGGCUCCUUUCUUCGUGUUGCUUGAGGUCCUUCAAUCGGUUUUCGGGUAUGAACCAUAUCCAGGAUUUCAAGCUCGUGUGAAUGCCAAGGUAGAAAGUGACAUAAAGGAGUGGAGAGCAAAGAAGCAGGUCAAGAAGAAUAAGCUCACAUAAGCUUUGGACUGGAUUAUAUAACUCAACUUAAAACCCAUUGUAAUGUUUCCACAUUAAAUCCAUGAUAUAAUAAAAGAAUAUAAGACCAUCACCAUGGAUUCGUAUAUAACUAUUUUGAAGGGGAAUUACUUAACAAAAAUUUAAGUGUUAUUACUAGAAGAACACCUUCCCAUAUUUGGAAGUUGCAAACAAAAGAUGUACACUAUUUUCAU